ACCCCGCUAAUGUCAACAACUGAUUUAUCAACCAAAAGUCUGUCUGACACCACAACAACUACUGAUGCUAAAACAACUUUUGAUUCCACAACCACCCCUCUAAUGUCAACCACUGAUGCAUCAACUACAACUCUCUCUGACAGAACUACAACUACUGAUGCAACAAGUUUGACUUCCACAACCACCCCUUCAGCACCUACGACUGUAACAACAACAUCAACAAAAACAGACGUAUCAACCACAGCAUUGUCUGAACCCACAACAGCAAAUGAUGCAACCUCAGUUUUGGCUUUUACAACCACCUUUCCAACAUCCUCAACUGUUGAACCAACAUCAACAACAUCUGAUGCAGCAACAACUACUCUGUCUCACACCACAUCAACAAUUGAUGGAAACACAAUCUGGGCUUCCACAUCCACACCUCUGACUUCGACAACUUUAGCACCAGUAUCAACAACUGAUACAGCAACAACAACUACGCGUGACACCACAACAACUAUUGAUACAACAACAAUUUUGGCUUCCACAUCCAGCGCCCCAACAUCCUCAACUACAGCUGCAGCGUCAACAACAACUGAUGCACAAAGAACAACUCUGUCUGACACCACUACAACUACUCAUGCAACAACAUCUUUUGAUUCCACAACCACCACUCUUAUGUCAACCACUGAUGCAUCAUCUACAACACUGUCUGACACAACUACAACUACUGAUGCUACAACAACUUUUGAUUCCACAACCACCCAUGUAUUGUCAACCACUGAAGCAUCAACCACAUCUCUGUCUGACACCACUACAACUACUGAUGCAACAAGUUUGACUUCCACAACCACCCCUUCAGCAUCUACGACUGUAGCAACAACAUCAACGAAAAUAGACGAAUCAACCACAACUUUGUCUGAACCCACAACAGCAACUGAUGCAUCCACAAUCUUGGCUUCCACAACCACACCUCUGACAUCGACAACUAUAGCACCAGUAUCAACAACUGAUGCAGCAACCACAACUCUGUCUGGCACCACUACAACUACUGAUGCAACAACAUCUUUUGAUUCUACAACCAUCACUCUAAUGUCAACCACUGACACAUCAACUACAACUCUGUCUGAGACAACUACAACUACUGAUGCAACAACAUCUUUUGAUUCCACAAGCACCACGCUAAUGUCAACCAUUGAUGCAUUAACCACAACUCUAUCUGGCACCACUACAACUACUGAUGCAACAACAUCUUUGAAUUCCACAACCAGCACUCUAAUGCCAACCACUGACACAUCAACUACAACUCUGUCUGACACAACUACAAAUACAGAUACAUCCACAAAUUUUGCUUCCACAACCACAGCUGUGAAACUGACAACUAUAGCACCAGCAUCAACAUCUGAUGCAGCAACAACAAGUAUGUCUGACACCACAACAACUAUUGAUACAACAACAAUUUUGGCUUCCAUAUCCAGCGCCCCAACAUCAACUACAGCUGCAGCGUCAACAACAACUGAUGCAGAAACACCCCGCUAA